AGUAAAGUUGCCAGAGCUCAACGAGGGGGGGGGGGGUUAGGGUCGGCAACGCGCAUGUAACUCCUCUGGAGUUGCAGGCGUACAUAGGCUACGGAGACUGCUUACCAUCAGGCGGGCCAUAUGCUUGUUUGCCACCGACGUAGUAUAAAAAAAAACUUACGGCUACGCCUUGCACUUUAAAAUGGAUUAGCAACUAUAAUUACUAUAAUUUAAUCUAUAUUUCUUAUGAAAUCUCACAAAAAACGACCGCCCGCUAUCGACACUCUACCGCCAAUCCAAAACCCUUUGGCAAUCGAAUAGGGUUGGUACUAACUGUAAAUUUGUCAAAGCUUUGCAUAGAUGGCGCCAGCACAAGUUUUCCCUGAUUUUUUUUUGUUUUGUUCUUGAGAUUUGGCUAGAAAUUACCAGGAAAACCUAUGGUGGCGCCAUCUGUAAAAUACUUCAACCGGCCAACCCCAUUGUAUUGCACUCCGACCAAGGUCAGAGUGACCUUUUUCUACGGAAACACGUUUGUCAGGUAAAAGGGCGCGAAUCAAAAAAAUUCUAUGGCACGGUAAUUUAAAAAAUGUAGGCGCCAACCUUUUUUAAAUUUGCCGCUAUUUUCUGCUGAAGGAAAUGACUUGACAGACUAUAAUGUGAGAAUUUAUUUAUUAUUUUUUAUUAUUUAUGAAUGCACAGGCAGCUUAUAGCUGAUACUUGCACAUCAAUGUCCUGCACUUGUGUUUUGUCCAUUUAUAAAAUGUUUGAUGAUUGAUGAUAUUUGUUGAAUGGGUUGAAUGAUUAUCAAAACUUAGUCUGUUUUCCGAACGUAAACCAAAUGUCAAUGACCUGACAUUUUACUUGCUUUAUCUUAUCUGUACAAAAUCUUGUUUCGUAAAUUCCAAGCGACUUCGCUAUUUUGUUAUUAUUGGAAGGAAAUAAUGUCUCACUGUGAUGGAUAGGACUGAAUCAAACUACUGCCGCUUCUGUGCGGAGCCCAGGGAUGAAGACAAGCUCUUCGAUCUUAAAAUGGAUAUUGAAGCCACUGUCUCUAAAUUGACAUUCCUCAACGCAAUGUAUGUUGAUAUAUCCGACAACACACUGCCUAAAACGAUAUGUUUUGUAUGCUACAACUCUCUAAAUCAUGCAUACGAUUUCUUAAACAAAGUUAAACAAGCACAAGACGUCAUUUUAAAUCUUUACGCAGUGAAAAAAAGCACUAGUUUUGAUCAUGGAACGGACGAUAAAGUAUCUUUUGAUGAUUUGAUUAACGAUGAUGCUGAAACACAUAUUAAGCAAGAAACUUCUGGAAUUAAAAAGCGUAAAUCAUCGACAACAGACUCAAAAGUUUCAGUUAAAAUUGAACCAAAAGAAGAACUUGAUUGCUAUGGGCCCACUGAUGACAUGAGCAGCACGGGUCGCAGUCCAAGCCCUUCAAACUUCGACGACAGCCUUAAUGUGCAAGAUAUCAUCGACGCAGCCAUGUCCGGAGGCCCCUUUACCUCUAACAUAGCUAUUUAUGCUAAAGAAAUGUCCGAUGUUAGUAAAAAAGUAAUAAAUACUUGGCAAGAAUAUCCGUGGCUGUGCGCACACUGCAACAUAGAGUUUCAGGAUAUAGCAACCCUGAGGAAGCACUCGAAGCUGGUGCAUCGCAAGUGUUCUGCGUUCACAUGUGUGGAUUGCAAGUCGUACGGACACAAGAGCUUUAACGCCUUUAUUAAUCAUGUUAUUAAACACCGGAAGAGCCUAUUAAACCAAUGCUACUAUUGCGACGCGGCCCCCGUCGAGCUGCCUCCCCACCUCGCCUCGCACUUCAAGUCUCAUCUCACCUGCCCCGCCUGCGGUGACUUCCUCAAAACCGAGGAGGCGCUGCAGCAACACCUCCUCGACUACAACUCCUCCAAGCCCAAGCGGAAACCGAGGAGAAAACGAGGCGUUCCCAUCACCAUAGCCGACCUUACCUGCAACAUAUGCGAGAAAGUCUAUAAGAACCCUAACAGUCUUCGGGACCAUAUAAAAUUACAUCGAAGUGACAGAAAAAGAGAUUACACAUGUGAUCGCUGCGGUAAAACAUUUUACAGCAAAGGUACGCUAACAUCACAUAUAAUGUCACAUGAUCAGAUCCGUCCGCACAUAUGUAGGAUAUGCAAUAAGUCAUUCUUAUUCCCUAACAUGCUUCGGAGGCAUGUGCAGAUGCACUCCGGAGUCAAACCAUAUAGUUGUGAACAGUGCGGCAGGUGUUUUAGACUUCAGUAUCAAUUGAACGCCCAUAAAAUUAUCCAUACUGAUGCUAUGCCUCAUGUAUGCCAAUACUGCAAUAAAGCAUUUAGAUUUAAGCAGAUUCUGAAGAAUCAUGAACGCCAACACACAGGCGCAAAACCAUACUCCUGUAAUCAAUGCGGAAUGGAGUUCACCAACUGGUCGAACUACAAUAAGCAUAUGAAACGCAGACACGGGACGGAUACGUCCAAAAAAAAGAUCACUCCGGAAGGUGUGUUUCCUAUUAACCCUGAAACGGGGCAGAUCCUGCAAGUACAGGACGCUGGAAUGGAUGAGUGGAAGAAUAAAAUUAUGAUACCUGCUAAAAGGGGAAAGAAAAAAGUUAUAAAAAGGGAGGAUGAUGAAAUGAGGGUACCUGCACACUUUGAGAGCGCACACACGUGCGAGAGCGUGAGGGAUGAUAGUAAGUUCUCUGGAGUACAGUUCGUUCAAAAUGCCGAUGUCAAUGAACUUGCUCCGUAACCGUACAUGCGAGAGUGAGACAAACUGACUUCUGUCUUUUUUCCUAGUGCAUUAUCAAGCGGUGGUGGCCGAGUGGAUAUGACGUUCGACUUUCAAUCCGGAGGUCGCGGGUUCAAAUCCUGGCUCGUACCAAUGAGUUUUUCGGAACUUAUGUACGAAAUAUCAUUUGAUAUUUACCACCAGCUUUUCGGUGAAGGAAAACAUCGUGAGGAAACCUGCAUACAUCUGCGAAGAAAUUCAAAGGUGUAUGUGAAGUCCCCAAUCCGCAUUGGGCUAGCGUGGGGACUAUAGCCCGAGCCCUCUCGCGCAUGAGAGGAGGCCUGUGCCCAGCAGUGGGACGUAUAUAGGCUAAAUUAUUAUAUUAUUAUUAUUAUCUAUUACACAAUGAGUUUUAUUUAAUUUGUGCUUCAGUCUAGAAAUAAUGUAUUUAAAUGACAUAGAUAAUCAAAAGAAACUCAAUCAGGGCCUGUUUCUCAAUGUCAAAGUAAAGUCCUGAAUAAGCUGCU